AUGGGGGUCAUGUCCAAGCCCCGACGGGCUGGUUACGCGCGAGACCUCGCCGACGUUGUGGCGAGAGUGGCAGGAGACUAUGCUCGUGACAAGCGUCUGUGCACCGCCGUCGCGGUGGGGUUCACCGGCUUGGCGGCUUAUGCGCAUUACAUGACCUCCCAGCCCGCGAUUGCCGAGCAGUUUCACCUGGUGCAGGAGGAGGCGAGGGCACGAUCGAAAGCGAAGCGUGAGCGACGCAACCAUCGGACGGGCUCGAACGUAUCGACGAUAGCAUCUUCGGCGGCGAGGAACGGCACCCCGUCGUCAUCCGCGCCAGCCUCGGACAACGAAGACUCGAAGCACGGUGUCGGCGAUGGCGGGAAGGCGCUCGCCGAGGCCAAGGUCGCGGCUCCGAAGCGGAAGGUCGCGGCGGUCGACGCCACCUUCCUCAAGCGCAUGGCUUUUAUUCUUCGCAUCGUUAUCCCCGGGAUCACGUCCAGGGAGGCGAUGCUGCUCGCCAUCCAGACUGUGAUGCUCGUUACCAGGUCGUUCAUCUCCCUACGAAUCGCUCGCAAGGGCGGCGACGGCCUGCAGGCGGUCAUGGAGAGGUCGUGGAAGAAGUUUUUCAUGGUGCUCGGCGACUUCUUCGUCUCCGGCGUGGCGGCGAGCGUGGUGAACUCCGCUCUCAAGUACCUCACCAACUCCAUCACCGUCGCCUUCAGGCAGAGGCUCACCUUGUACGUCCACGCCAGGUACCUCUCCAACCGAGCCUACUACCGAGCCGCGGUCCUCCGCGUGGGUAACCUGGACAACGCCGACCAGCGGAUCGUCGAGGACCUGAACCAGUUUUGUGCCACGGCCUCGGACCUCUUCGCGAGGACGUUCAAGCCCCUCCUGGACGUCGUGCUUUCCACCCACAGGAUGGGGGAGAGCAUGGGGUACUCGGGUCUGACGAUUCUCUACUCGUACUUUUUCCUCUCGGGCGCGGUGAUACGCGCGGUCUCGCCGCCCUUCUCCGAGUACAUCGCCCGGACGCAGAAGCUUGAGGGUGAUUUCCGUCGAAUGCACUCUCGGCUCAUCACCCACGCGGAGGAGGUGGCCUUCCUGGACGGCGCCAGGCGGGAGAGGGACAUCCUGGACGCCAAGCUCGACAAGACCACGACGUGGUCCUCAUUCUACUUUUACCUCCAGUUCAAGCAAGGGGUCAUCGACCAGUACUUCGUCAAGUACUUCGCGAGCAUGAUCGGUUGGCCCGUGCUCGCGUUUCCGUUCCUGGCGGACACGUCCUCCAGGUCCGCGGCUGAGAUUGCGGCGCGGUACAGGGAGAGCGACACUCUCAUCCAAUCCGCGAGUUCAUCAAUCGGAGAUUUGAUGAUGGUGUACAAGAAGCUCCAGCGGCUUGCGGGUUUCACGGCGCGCGUGAUGGACCUCCUCGAGGCGGUGGACUCGAUUCACGACACGAACGAGACGCGAACGGCGGGUGCGAUCGAGGAUGGGUCAAAUGAGGGGGAAGAUGUCGGCGCAGUCGGGAGCGUGGGUACGAUGGUGCGAGAGUACGAGAAGAGGACCGGUUUGGGAAAAUUGGACGGCGGGAAAAUGGGACAGUCGGGCGGUAGCGGGCGCGGGGUGAUUGCGAGCUCGUCGGAAGAGGGCGUGCGGUUCAGUGGUGUCACCGUUUACUCUCCCGACGGCAGAUUACUCGUCAAGGAGGUAAACCUCACCCUUGCGCCCGGGGAGAACCUUUUCGUCACCGGAGCCAACGGCGCCGGCAAGACGUCUUUGUUCAGGGUCCUGGCGGGUCUCUGGGAACCAACCGCCGGGACCAUCACCCGGCCCGACGUCGCGGGCGCGACCGACGAGUCUUUCCAGGUAUUUUACGUUCCCCAGAAACCGUACCUGGUGAGCGGAACGCUGAGAGACCAGGUGAUGUACCCCCUGCCGGGCGAUCCAGAGCGAGACGAUGAGGUGGUGGAGGCGCUGUCGAGGGUGAAUUUAGGGAGGUUUGUUCGGACGUCACCCGAGGGGCUGGAUCGACUUCCGCACGACUGGGCGGACGUGCUGAGCGGCGGUGAGAAGCAGCGCGUGGGCCUGGCGAGGUUGUACUUUCAUAAGCCGGCGUACGCCGUGUUGGACGAGGCCACGAGCGCUAUCAAUCCGGACGAGGAGGGCGCGUUUUACUCUCACCUCGGUACGCUGGGAAUCACCGCAUUCUCCAUCGCGCACAGGCUGGAGCUCAAGCGGUUUCACCACCAGCACCUGCACUUUCACGCAGACGGAACUGGGGGCUGGACGUUGGAGCGCAUCAAAGGCGGGAAGCGGUAGCGCGACGGAUGAAGGACCAUCGGUGGUGAAGCGGCUAAACGUUGAGUACCUUCCAAUAAUCUAACUUCAGAUGAUGAACGACCGCUGGGAGCGACUUCGUUCCGAAUUUCAUCAC